GCGGGGGCUUCUAAGCCAGAAAGUCUCCGGAGCUUGCGCUAAGCUAUUUGCGGCGCCCCCCACUUACACGCAGGUCUCAGAAACAGGCGGGGGGAAAAGGCGUCGUUCCUGGAGCUGAGACCAGGCGGCCGGAGUCCUCAGGGAUGAACCUCGAGUUGCUGGAGUCCUUUGGGCAGAAUUAUCCGGAGGAAGCCGAUGGAACCUUGGAUUGUAUCAGCAUGGCCCUGACUUGCACCUUUAACAGGUGGGGCACGCUGCUUGCGGUUGGCUGUAAUGAUGGCCGAAUCGUCAUCUGGGAUUUCUUGACAAGAGGCAUUGCUAAAAUAAUUAGCGCGCACAUCCAUCCCGUUUGUUCUUUAUGCUGGAGUCGAGACGGCCAUAAGCUCGUGAGCGCUUCCACGGACAACAUAGUGUCGCAGUGGGAUGUUCUUUCUGGCGACUGCGACCAGAGGUUUCGGUUCCCCUCACCCAUCCUGAAAGUCCAGUACCAUCCGCGAGAUCAGAACAAGGUUCUCGUGUGUCCCAUGAAAUCUGCUCCUGUCAUGUUGACCCUUUCAGAUUCCAAGCAUGUUGUUCUGCCGGUAGACGAUGACUCCGAUUUGAACGUGGUUGCAUCUUUUGAUAGGCGAGGGGAAUAUAUCUAUACGGGAAAUGCAAAAGGCAAGAUUUUGGUCCUAAAAACAGAUUCUCAGGAUCUUGUUGCUUCCUUCAGAGUAACAACUGGAACAAGCAAUACCACAGCGAUUAAGUCCAUAGAGUUUGCCCGGAAGGGGAGUUGCUUUUUAAUUAACACAGCAGAUCGGAUAAUCCGAGUUUAUGAUGGCAGAGAAAUCUUAACUUGUGGAAGAGAUGGAGAGCCUGAGCCCAUGCAGAAGUUGCAGGACUUGGUGAACAGGACCCCAUGGAAGAAAUGUUGCUUCUCUGGGGAUGGGGAGUACAUAGUGGCUGGCUCGGCCCGGCAGCAUGCCUUGUACAUCUGGGAGAAAAGCAUUGGCAACCUGGUGAAGAUCCUCCACGGGACAAGAGGAGAGCUCCUCUUGGAUGUGGCUUGGCACCCUGUUCGACCCAUCAUCGCAUCCAUUUCAAGUGGAGUGGUAUCUAUCUGGGCACAAAACCAAGUAGAAAACUGGAGUGCCUUUGCCCCAGACUUCAAGGAGUUGGAUGAAAAUGUGGAAUAUGAGGAAAGGGAAUCUGAGUUUGAUAUUGAAGAUGAAGAUAAGAGUGAGCCUGAGCAGACAGGGGCUGACGCUGCCGAGGACGAGGAGGUCGAUGUCACCAGUGUGGACCCGAUUGCCGCCUUCUGUAGCAGUGAUGAAGAGCUGGAAGAUUCAAAGGCUCUAUUAUAUUUACCCAUUGCCCCUGAGGUAGAAGAUCCAGAAGAAAAUCCUUACGGCCCCCCACCGGAUGCGGUCCAAACCUCCCUGAUGGAUGAAGGGGCUAGUUCAGAGAAGAAGAGGCAGUCUUCAGCAGACGGGUCCCAGCCACCGAAGAAGAAACCCAAAACAACCAAUAUAGAACUUCAAGGAGUACCUAAUGAUGAAGUCCAUCCACUACUGGGUGUGAAGGGGGAUGGCAAAUCCAAGAAGAAGCAAGCAGGCCGGCCUAAAGGAUCAAAAGGUAAAGAGAAAGAUUCUCCAUUUAAACCGAAACUCUACAAAGGGGACAGAGGUUUACCUCUGGAAGGAUCAGCGAAGGGUAAAGUGCAGGCGGAGCUCAGCCAGCCGUUGGCAGCAGGGGGAGCGAUCUCAGAACUGUUAUGAAGACGCUUGAAGUGCUUCGUUCUUCCCCCUUUUGCCAUCAUGUGGCCUCUGGACACUGUGGUCAGUCAUUUGAGAUUGACUUUAAUUUAAAACAAAGGCCUCUGCCUCCAACCCAGGAGGUGCAAGGAGGGAAUCGUAUAUUUGAAUGAAGAAGUGAAUUAUGGAAGAAGAGUACGCGGCCCUCCCCUUCAAGCAUAAGUCCACAUAGGCUCUCAGGAAUGAGGAUUUGUGAAGACGUCACCAGGAGUUUGGACUCAUUCAAACUUCAAUGCUUAGUUAUGUUGCUGGAGAAAAGAGACCAGUUUUGCUCCUCUAACUCUUGUGCCCAGGAUCAUUUUGACCUGACAUUUCCUAUCCUAUUUGCCUUCCAUCCUCCGUGCAUGUCCUCAAGUGACUAAUUCUCAUCUGAAGUUUUGCUGCCGGUAUCCUAGAGAAACUUCUGUUGCAUAUUCUGUCUUCCGUUGUUUAACUUAACUCUCUCACCAGAUACCCUCCUGUAUUUCCCUACUGUGUACGGAGGCUGGGCAGAAAGGAAAGUGCUUGAAAGCUUUCAAGUUUUUGGAAAGGGAAGAAAGAUGAGAAAAACCCCCUCUUCUUAACAUACCCCAUUUUGCUCAAGAAGCUGGGCUGUAAGAGGGUCGAGGUUUUUCUCUGUUUUCCUUUCCUGGCGUGUUUUGCUCCGGUGGUAGUUCCUUCUCAGUAAUCAUGGUUUCCGAAGAGCGCUGGUUUCGUCCACCUGCAGCACGGAGUCAUCAGUCCUUCAUGUGGCUUCACCUGUGCUGGCGUCCAGAGAAGGAGACAACUUGAGGUGUCUCUCCACAAGCUGCUUUUUUAUUGGGGUGGGGGAAUCUCCACGAGGACGGAAGUCAAACCGUCCAGAAUCAAAGCAGCAGCAACACAGUUCAAAUCAAAGAUCAAGGAAAAAUUGUUUUUUAUCAUUGCGUGUGGAUCUCUGUCCCUUCCUUUCAGUCGGGACAGUGUGUCCCCUUGUAUCCCCGCUCCUUCUCCGUAUGACAUGUUUUCAGUCUCUUCCUUUCUGUGAAAGGUCGCUUAGCUUUUUUAAAUUUUUUUUUUUUUACUUUCUGCUUCUUGCUUUUGCUGUUCUUUAUAUACAAGGUAGUAGAUUGGAUGGACGAGACAUGAGGUGUUUGAAAUUCUCGGAGAACCCACAUCCCAGGUGUGCAGGGGGUUCUCUGCAGAGAGCUCUGAGCUGCCCGGAGGUGCCUGACCCAGUGGUCAUCGUGGCUGUGGUCGUGGCGUCCUCUGAGGAGCGUCUCCGUGCUCUGCUCUGUGUGAGUCCUCCAGCAGCCAGUGCCCCUGUGGGCCGCCCCGCGAGGGGAUUACUUUUUGGAUUUUAGGAUAGCAAUCAAAGUAGACUUACAUCAGGAAGAACCUCUUUCUGCUGCUCCAACUUUUAGAACCAGAAUAUUCAGUAGUUGAAGAGCUCCCUGCUAGUCGGUUUCAAAAUGCCUGUGUUUUUAGCCGCCACCGCUUUUUUCCUCCCAUGCUCUUUCUGUGAAUUUCAUUUCUUCACAUCAGACCAGUGGUUGAGAUUGGCAGGUGGCUCACUGGACAUGUUUUUUGUUUUGUCCAUUCCAUUUCUCUGUGUCUGUGCACCGUGAGCUCCAUCUUGCACAAACUCUGUGAUACAGAGGGUCUCUGCCUAGCUUCCGUGGGCAGGGUAGCUUGGUGUCCUCUGCUUGUGCGUGCGUUAGGAGGUUUCUGCUACAUCUGCCUCCUAAACUGGCUACUGAGAAAAUGGGCUUCAGCCCUGUCGGAUGGUCUCUGGCAGCAAUUCCUAAUAAUUAUUUAUGCUUUCGGAAUUUUUUUUCGGCUCCUGAAACUUUCUAUCUAGUUUGAUUUUUCUUCGUCUGUACAAUAUGUGCAUAUUCUCUUCUGUUAUUCCUUCCCUCCGACCCCUACCCCGCCAUUUCGUUUUUUAAUGUUCCAUAGUUUUGUACAAGAGGAGACUUAGCCUUGGGUUAUUUCUUGCUGAAGCUUUAAUGCUUUGUAAAUAAAAUCGGAUGUUUAUUAAGAA